CAUCACUCUUCUAUUAAACAGUAAAAAUAAAUUACAAAUGAUGGCCGUUGCAAACAUAUUAAAAGCAUCGCUAAUUGUCAGUUGUGUAGUAUUAAUAUUGUUCUUUAUUAUGUCAUUCAAACAGUUUAACACAGACCAAGAUAAAUUUGAAAAAUUCAUUAAAAAAUAUAAUAAGAGUUACGAGAAUGGGACAGAACAUAGUGAAAGAUUCAAACAAUUUAAGGAGUCUUUGAAAACUAUUCAACUUCUAAGACAGAGUUGUAAUGGAUGUACCAAUUAUGGAAUUACUGAAUUCUCAGAUUUAUCUCCGGAUGAAUUCACUAAAACAUAUCUCAAUUCAAUCACUUUAAGGACACCACAAACAGAAACUUUUAGUAUGGCAAGAUCUAAGCGAUCUAUUACAACAACAGCCUUAUCAAAUAUUGACUGGAGAGAUAAAGGAGUGGUGACUCCUGUUCGAAAUCAAAAAAAUUGUGGAGCGUGUUGGGCAAUUAGCGUGAUAGAAUUGAUUGAAUCUGUUUAUGCCAUUAAAACAGGAUCGUUACAAACAUUUAGUGUACAAGAAAUGUUAGAUUGUUCGGGAGGAAUAAAUCAAGGAUGUACUGGUGGAAGUACAGUAUUUUUACUUUUAUGGUUAGUGGAAAAUAACAUAUCUGUAUUUAAAGAAGAAAAUUAUCCAACUGUAUACAAAGAUCAGAUGUGUACUCUUGAUAAAACCAUUGAUAAAGGAGUUAAAGUAAAAUCAUUUUUAACACUCAACUUAAUGGAUCGUGAAGAUCUAUUGUUAUCCUAUUUAUCAAAAAGCCCAGUUUCUGUAGCUCUUAAUGCAUUGCCGUGGCAGUUUUACGUGGGUGGUGUACUCAGCCAAUGUGAUAACAGUAUGACUUCGUUAAAUCAUGCAGCAGAAAUAGUUGGGUACAAGCUUGGAGAAAACCCUUAUUAUAUUUUGAAAAAUUCUUGGGGAACUAAUUUUGGCAAUGAUGGAUAUAUAUAUGUAGCAAUUGGAAACAAUGAAUGCGGAAUUGGAUGGGAAGUUGAUGUGGUUACAAACGUUGAGUAGCUGCAAUAUCAGUUGUUAUACAAAUCACUAAUGCAUGACAAUGUAUUUUAUUAUAAUUUUCUAAAAUAUUAAAUAAUUUAUCAA